AUGUCAGUUAGUGAUUGGGAGAAUGUCAAAGAGAAUAUAUUGCCAUUGAAAGGUGGAAGAGAUCCAUCGAAAUUGGCAAUGUGUACUCAACAACAAAAGAGUGCAAACGAAGAUAAAAUCCAACAAGAGAAAGCACAAUUUGAAAAGGAAUUAAGUGAAUAUAAAGGUGAAGAUCCAUUGGAUAUAUGGUCAAGAUAUGUAAGAUGGGUACAACAAUCAUUCAUUGGUGGAAAUAUGAAGAAGGAAUUAAUAGUUUUACUGGAGAGAUGCACAAGUAUGUUUGUUAACAACGAGAAAUAUAGAAAUGAUCAAAGAUAUAUGAAAUUAUGGAUUAUCUAUGCUGAUAUGUGUAGAGAUCCAAUUGAAAUUUUUAAUUAUUUGGAAACCAAUAAAAUUGGUUUGACUCUUUCAUUGUUUUAUGAAGCCAAAGCUAUUAUAUAUGAGAAUAAAUCGAAUUAUCAGAUGGCCGAUCAAUCGUAUCAGUUGGGAUUGAAGCGUCAGGCACAGCCGUUGGACCGUCUCAAGAAGAGACACGACGAUUUCCAGCGUAGAAUGGUUGUAGCCAUGAGCAAGUCUGCCAAAGAAGGUGGUAUCAUUCCAUCGUUGUCCGUUGGUGCCGCCGAUUCCGUUGCACCAAGAGCUGCCCUCGGUACACUAUCCACCCGUGAAGCCGUCGGUUCCGAAAGAAGAUCUGCUACAGCCACCGGUGCACCACUGGGAGCGUCAUCGUUGAUGUCUUCAAUGUCCAAGUCAGGUACACUCACCGGAGAAAAGAGAAAAGCACCGUCAUCCAACAGUGGAAUGGGUGGAUCUUUCCAGAUCUACAACGACGAGAGUGGUGUCGGUGAAAAGGUGGAAACCAACUCUAAAUUCCUUGGAAAGUCUGGCAAGUCUGCUACCGAGAGUGUUCGUUGGGAGGAGCUGGAACCAGAGUUAACAAAGCACAAGGAGAACAGCCAAGCACCAUCUCGUUGGAACGACACUAAAAUUGUACAGAAAAGACAAAAGAGUGACUCCGGUCCAUCGUUUGAAAUCUAUUGUGACGCUGACAUUGACCAAAACCAACAACACACAGCUGCAUCGCCAGACAAGUUGGCCAAUUACUCUAGAAGCAAUACUGUUGAGCAAAUUCAAAACAAUCCACUGGCCAACCACCUCAAGAAUAGUACAUUGCUAAGCGCAUCGGUUGCUUCAUCCUCAGUGUCCUCUGCAUCGGCUGCUUCUUCUGCCACCGCAUCAUCAUCCAAGAAAGAACGUGUUGGAUAUAAGAAAGAGUUGUUUAUGGUUGGCAAUGAAGAGUUGUCUUUUGAAGAGAUUCGUGCCAAGAAUUGGAAACCAAAGAAACCAACACCUGUAGUUUCAGCUUCUGCUUCUUCUAUGCCAGCUGCUCCACAACCAAAGCAGAUGGCACCACCAUCUCCAACAAUGACAAUUCACACCAAAGAAGCAUUGAAACAUGUUAUGUCAUGGUUCCACUCACCGAUUGCAUUUGAAACCAAAGCAUCCAGUUCCGUUGCACACCCACCAAAUAAUAGCAACAACAACAAUAACAACCAACUCGACGAUGACCAAAAGCACCUUGACAAUCAAGAAAAUAUCGAUCCAGCUACAUUACCAAAUCAACCACAACGUCCAAAGAUAACAAAUGGAGAUAUCGUAAAGAAAACAUUAUUUAGUAACGAUGAACAAACUGAAGAUUUUAUAAUUUAUGAUCGUGGUGAUUUAGUUCAUACACACGAUCGUAUAGAUCAAUAUAUUAAACAAGAGAUACAGGCUUUCGAAAUUUUAGAGGAUCCAUCUUUAUCCAACAAUGUAAAUACCGAUCAACAAGCUCCACCCAAUACACUUACCGAAAAGAUAAAAUCCUCUGCUUUCCAAGCUUCCUCUGGCAUGGGAUUCAAGAUCUUCCAGGAUGAAAAUGUUGCUUCUGCACCAAAACCAAAUCCUCUGUUUGGUGGAGCUGGAAACAAAGCCGGUGGAUUUACCAUCUUCCAAGAUGAACCAACAGCAGCAGCACCAAAAUCUAAUCCAUUGUUUGGUGGACAACAACAAGCAUCGUCAGGUCUGGGUUUCAAGAUAUUCCAAGAUGAAAACCAAUCAUCAUCCAAGCCAGCCGCAAAGUCCAAUCCAUUAUUUGGUAACAAUGCAGGUGGAGGAUUCUCUGUUUUCCAAGAUCCAGAACCAGUCGUCCAAACCAAACAACCAGCUCCAAAAUCCAAUCCAUUAUUUGGUAACAAUGCAGGUGGUGGUGGAUUCACUAUUUUCCAAGAUCCAGCAGAACCAGUUCAACCCAAGCCAGCUCCUAAAAUCGCUUCUCCAGUUUCUGAACCAACCAUUGGCUACGGAGACAAGACAGAGUUGAUUGAAUUAAAAUUGGUUCCAGAGAGUGGUGUUGCCGAACCAUACAAUGAAGAGAACAAGGCAAUGCUUGAGAUGUGUGUAUCUCAGCAUAUGGCCACCAUUGAAUCAUUCACCGAUUACUCCUCCGACCCGAUGCCAAAGGUCAACAACGGUUUGCUUCCACUCGAUAAGAGCAAUCCACUCACUGUCAAAGAGCAUCUCACUGCCGACCGUAAGAUUCUCAGUGUAGAAACCGAUUCGAUGAUUAUGGUCGCCAAGAUUAACCAACCCGCUUCCGUCUGGGAGUUUUACAGCCAAGGCCAAUUGGUUGCGCGUCUCGCACAAAACGAAGCCAACGAAAAGCUAAUCAACAAAUUCCUCUCUUUCUACUCGGUCUACCAGUUCUCUGACGCCAGUGUAUCGCUCAUUGAAUAUGCGCCGGCUGGCACACUCGAACAAUUGGUCAACAAGGUGAAAUCCAACGGAAAAUCGCUUGAGGAACCACUGAAAAUGUUUUUGGCAAUCGAUUUGUUGCGCUCGGUCAGUGCCAUCCACAACGAAUAUUUUAUACACGCCAAUAUCUCACCGCAGAACAUCUAUCUGUCGUUCACCGACCAAAUUGAAACCGAGUGGACAUCUGCCGCCGUCGGUAGUUGGAUCCAGAACGGUCUGAAAAUCGGUGGAUUCAGCCGUACCAUAGACCUUGAGAUGUACGGUCUCGAUACGACCUACAAUGCGCCACUCGCCAUGUUUGCCAGCCAUGGCUUCCCAGUCAGCGUGCUGAAGAGUCGAAGUAGCUGGCGUCACGAUAUUGACUAUCUAGGCAUUGCUGGAACACUAUACUUUAUGGUGAGUGACGGAAAGAAGCUCGAUGACUCAAAGGUCGAGUGGAAUGCCGCCACCGCCAAGUGGAAGCUGUGCUCGGUCGCCACCGACCUCAAAGCAACACUCAGAAUUAACAUUUGGACAGAGAUUAUCGAACAACUCUUGAACGCAACCAAACAAAUUUCACUGGCAACAUUACAACAACAAUUAGAGAGUUACUUGGAGGCCAACCCCGCCAAAUCCAAAGAAAUCAAAAGAUCAUUAAGAAAAUUAAAGAUUGAAUGUGAUAGUUAA